UCCUGGGUCAGGGAGAGUUUACUGCAACAGGCAGGGCGGAACUGCAAUUUGUAGCAUGUCGAAGAGAAGACCUUUACAUAACUUAAUAUUUCAGGUGUCACUUGAGCUAAGUUAAAUAUCCAGCUCGUCGAACGGCUUCGCAGAUUCCACAGCGGCCCGUUUAUGGGUGUUUUUUUUUUUUUGUUUUUUGUUUUUGCCGCUGCCUGAACUUUUCUCGCAUUCUUCCCUGGUGUAUUUUUCACGAAGAGAGGCGCGGCGGCGGAGCGCUCGGCAGCCAUCUUUGGAGCUUGCCUGGGAGUGGGAGCUGACUGCUGUGGCACCCCAGUUUACUUCAAGGGUGGGCAUUUUAAUCUUUAGUCAUUUCAUUGACGUACUCUGUUAAACCAGCUGACAGCGUGAAGAACCACCAGGAUUCAGCUUCCGAAGCUUCCGCGCUGGGAAUGAAACUGGAAAAGUACUUUCUAAUCCCAAACUGGUCUAAAGUGUGCGCCACUCUCAUCUCUCGGAACUGGCCUGUCAGAACAGGUGCUGAACACAUGAAAUCACUGUCCUGCAGAUGAGCCGUCGCAGGGGGCUUGCCCGUCGCUGUCGCAAACCCAGAUAGUUCCCGGCGGCGGCGGCGGCGGCACCACCCUGACGUCUUCCGGCAUGCCCAACAACAGCCGGGCGGGGAACCUGAAGGACCCCGACAUCGCAGAACUCUUCUUCAGAGAGGACCCGGAAAAGCUCUUCACAGAUCUGCAUGAAAUUGGACAUGGCAGCUUUGGAGCUGUGUAUUUUGCACGGGAUGUGCGGUCGAAUGAUGUGGUGGCCAUCAAGAAGAUGUCCUAUAUUGGAAAACAGUCUAAUGAGAAAUGGCAAGAUAUAAUCAAGGAGGUGAAAUUCCUGCAGCGAAUACAGCACCCAAACAGCAUAGAGUACAAAGGAUGUUACCUGCGAGAGCACACUGCUUGGCUGGUAAUGGAGUACUGUCUAGGCUCGGCUUCAGAUUUGUUAGAAGUUCACAAGAAACCCCUGCAAGAAGUCGAAAUUGCUGCAAUUACCCAUGGUGCUCUUCACGGAUUGGCUUACCUUCACUCCCACAACAUGAUCCACCGUGACAUCAAAGCAGGAAACAUCUUGUUGACAGAACCGGGUCAGGUGAAACUAGCAGACUUUGGCUCGGCCUCCAUUGCCUGUCCGGCCAAUUCUUUUGUCGGGACUCCAUAUUGGAUGGCCCCAGAGGUCAUAUUAGCCAUGGAUGAGGGUCAGUAUGAUGGAAAGGUGGACAUCUGGUCUUUAGGAAUAACCUGCAUUGAAUUAGCUGAGAGGAAGCCUCCACUGUUCAACAUGAAUGCGAUGAGUGCCUUAUAUCAUAUAGCACAGAACGACAGCCCCGUUCUGCAGUCUACUGAAUGGACGGAUUAUUUUCGGAAAUUUGUCGAUUCGUGUCUACAGAAACUUCCUCAGGAAAGGCCAAACUCUGAGGAGCUCCUCAAGCAUGCGUUUAUCCAGCGUGAACGGCCAGAAUCGGUCCUAAUAGAUCUAAUAAAUCGGACCAAGGAUGCUGUGAGGGAACUAGACAAUCUGCAGUACCGCAAGGUGAAGAAGAUCUUAUUUCAGGAAGCUCACAACGGCUCCAUGAAUGAGGCACAAGACGACGACGAGGAGGCGGACCCCAGCGUGAGUGGGACGGGCACCGUGAACAGCGUCGGGAGCAACCAGUCCAUACCCAGCAUGUCCAUCAGUGCCAGCUCCCAGAGCAGCUCCGUCAACAGCAUACCUGAUGCAGGCGAGGACAAGAGCGAGCCGGACAUGGACGGCGACGGCACAGUGAUGUCCAACAGCUCGGUCAUUAAUCUCAAACCCGAACAAGAGGCUCGCAAAGAAGAGUCAGAGCCUCAUGGCAGAGGCACAACGGAGCCACAAGCUGCCCCCACUCAGACCCAGAGGACGAGACGAAACCGUGAAGACUUUGCAACUAUACGUACGGCGUCAGCGCUCACACGCCAGAUGAAGGAGCACGAGCAGGAAUCAGAGCUAAGAGAGCAGAUCCUGGGCUACAAGCGAAUGAGACGGCAGCACCAGAAGCAGCUGCUGGCUCUGGAGAACAAGCUGAAGACCGAGAAGGAUGAGCACCGGCUCCGUCUGGACAAGGAGCUGGAGACCCAGAGGAACAACUUCGCCCAAGAGCUGGAGAAAGUGGUCAAGAAACACCAAGCAUCCAUGGAGAAAGAUGCAAAAAUAUUUAGCAACGAUGAAAAGAAGUUCCAACAUCACAUCCAGGGUCAGCAGAAGAAAGAGCUGAACAGUUUCCUGGAAUCCCAAAAACGAGAGUACAAGCUUCGCAAGGAGCAGCUGAAAGAGGAGCUGAAUGAAAACCAGUCAACACCCAAGAAAGAAAAGCAGGAGUGGCUGUCCAAGCAGAAGGAGAACUUCCAGAACCUCCAAGCAGCGGAAGAGGCCAACCUCCAGCGCAGACAGAGGCAGUACCUGGACCUGGAGUGUCGCCGGUUCAAAAGAAGGAUCCUGAUGGCUCGCCACAAAAUUGAACAGCAGCAUCUGAGAGAGGAAUUAAACAAGCGUCAGACCCAGAAGGACUUGGAGCACGCCAUGCUUCUUCGUCACCACGAGUCCAUGCAAGAGCUCCAGUUCCGCCAGCUCAACAACAUCCAGAAGACACGGGUCGAGCUGAUCCGGCUACAGCACCAGACGGAGCUGACCAAUCAGCAGGAGUACAACAAGAGGAGAGAGCGGGAGCUUAGACGAAAACACGGCAUGGAGGUUCGUCAGCAGCCCAAGAGCCUCAAGAACAAAGAGCUCCAGAUCAAAAGGCAGUUUCAAGACACGUGUAAGAUCCAGACCCGGCAGUAUAAAGCAUUGAGGAACCACCUGUUGGAGACCACACCAAAGUCCGAGCACAAAGCUGUCCUCAAACGUCUAAAGCUGGAGCAGCAUCGCAAACUUGCCAUUUUAGCAGAGCAGUACGACCAUUCCAUCAGUGAAAUGUUCUCAACACAGGCGUUACGCCUGGAUGUGACUCAGGAAUCUCAAUGCCAAGCAUUACAGAUCCAGCUGCAGCAGGAGCUGGAGCUUCUCAAUGCCUACCAGAGUAAAAUUAAGAUGCAGACGGAUGCGCAGCAUGCCCGCGAGAAGAAUGACCUGGAACAAAGGGUGUCACUCCGAAGAGCACUACUGGAGCAAAAGAUUGAGGAGGAAAUGCAAUCAUUGCAAAACGAGCGCACAGAGCGCAUCCAGAACCUGCUGGAGCGCCAGGCCCGAGAAGUCGAGGCCUUCGACUCGGAGAGCAUGCGCCUGGGCUUCAACAACAUGAUGCUGGCGGACCUCUCCCCCGAAGCGCUCAGCAACAGUUUCCCCGGUGCUCCAGGCGGCUUCAGCCAGCACCAGCAGCUGCGGCCCUCCUCGAGCUCUCAAGGGCCGCGCUGGGGCAGCCGCGGUUCCAGCCUGAGCUCCAAUCACAGAGGCAGCCACCACCACUACCAAUCCAGCUUAGGAGGGUCGCCUAUGCAGCAAGGGUGGGGGGGGCACAGCUCGGCGGGCGGAGGAGGAGGAGGAGGUGCGGGUCAGAUGCAGUGGGGCCACCCACAAGGCGGGGCCCUGCAGGCAAUGGGAGGGCGCGUCGAGCCCGGGAUGAGCAGGAGCUCCAGUGUUACCUCACAAAUAUCCAACGGGUCGCAGUUCUCCUACUCUUAGAUUUGCUUUCCGGUCUGCCUUGGAGUCACUUUAUAUAGAAACCUGUCUGCCUGUGACACUACCCCCCUCCCAAAAUGUUUCCCCUUGUACAGAUGUGGAUGUGUGGUGGAAUAAAUGUUGCUCAGGUCAAAAAGAGGGGGCAGGGGGGCCUCCCUCUCCCUCAGCCCAUCCUCAACGGCAGUUUUAUGAGCACACACAGAUUCUGAAAUGCAUGUUACACAAGAGUAUCAACAAGUAAGUUUGACUUGUUUUUCUUUUUUUGUUCUCCUCUGUGGAGGAUAUUUUUUCGUGAGUUUGUGCUAUUCACAGCCAUUGCUCUUGUUUUGCACAUAAAACACCACUCUAAAGCCUUUUGUAGGUUCAAACAAUCGCAUUAAAUAGAUUUUUUUUAUUAUUAUUAUAAUUUUUAUUUCAAAUUUUUUUUAAUCUGCCCGUCUAUGUUUAGCAAUGCACUGGCCAAAUUUUUUCUUUUCCUUUUUUUUCUUUUCUGUGGUACGGUGGAGAACCCAAUCAAACGACUGGGGAUGCUUUGCUGUUGUCUACCAGCCUGCUGUAGUGGCCCUUCAUGUUUUUUUUUGUUGUUGUUGUUUUUAAUUAAGAAAUUUCGCUCCGCCUUAAUCCUCGAGGAUCAACCAAAACAAAAAAUCUUCUCAAAUACAGAACCAAACAAAUCUCAAUCUCUUUAGACGGUUGCUUCUACUAACGCUGUGCCUUUUUAGCUUUCAUUAGCUCAGUUUGUUUCAGUUAACUCGGGUUAAAUGUUUUUUACAUUUCUUCAUUUAUCUCUGAUCUCUAACGUAGAUUGUAUUUUUGUCUAAUUUCUUUUUUUCCAUGCCUCCGAAAUGGUUUUGGAUAAAUUUCUACGACUAAAUACAGUAGAAACAUUCAAAGCUACUUUUUAGCAUUUUUUUAAAAUUUUUUUGUUGUUUAUGCCUGAAUGCAGAGAAUGUCACUGUAACCCUUAAACUUAUCAGCCUUCAAAAACAAUCUUUAGUGCUAAUCUUUAUUUUUAUAUAUAUGCAUAUAGGUAUAUAUAUAUAAAUAUAUAUUAGUGCCUUUUUAAUACUGCUGCCUUUUUCGAAGCACUUUAUACAGCUCGACGAGUGUAAGAUUAAUAUUUGACUUCUUUUCUUAAAGCUCCUGGUGAAUGAAUGUUUCAUUGGUACGCAUGUAGAAAAGUCAGACUUACUGUGCUGUGAUAUUUUCGUUUUCCUCCUUUUGCAUGUUGGACAGUAUAAGUGAAAGAAUUUUCCCAAAUUUUACAGCCUUUUCUUUUUGAGACUGCAGAUGUGUGUUACUGCUUCUGUUUGCGUUUCUGUGUGACGUUGACUGAACAGAAUGUGAGGAUGUAGCCUUUUUUUUUUUUUUUUUUUAAGAUGUGUACAGAUGACAGUUUCCAUGAAACCAACUGAACAAAAACUCGAACCUUUUAUGUGCAGACAGCGAGUUACGACCAAGACGACCGGCUCUGUGCUACUGAACGUAAACUCUUAUUGAAAAUAACAUUUUGAGGCCUAAAUACACUUUUUUUUAAAAAACACUAAAGGUCAGUAGAGAUGGGCAUGAUGUAGGUUUUUUGGGGGGAUUUUUUUAGAUGCAGAGUCUGUCAAAAGCGUCGAUACCUCUUGAACUUUUUGUCACAUUACAACCACUAAGUUGAUUUCUUGUUCAUUUUACAUGAUAUUACAACUGAUGACACAUAAAAACUCAUAACUGUGAGGUAAAAUAAAAAAAAAUUCUGUCCAAUUCUUUGUUAGAUCUUUUAGAAAACAGCUGAAGUUCAGUCUGAUUGACCUUGGACGAUAUCUUACCAUCAAGUCUUUCUGCAGAUUUAGUCGUACUUAGCUCAGGACUUUGACUAGUCCAUUCUGACUAUUGCAGCUUUGACUAUCGGUUUUGGAUUAUUGCCCACUGUUGUUUUUAGUUUUUUUACCCGUUUCAACAUUAGAUCCCCCCCCAAAUCCCCAAGUCUAAAAAAUUGAAGUGAUGUUCUCAUCCGACCAAAAAACAAAAACCUAAUGAGGUACUUUUAAAGUUUGUGGUUGUAGCAUGACAAAACAUGAGAAGGUUCAAGGGGUGUGAAGACAUUUUCACUUUUUUUUUUCUAACAAAGUACCUACUUUUAACAGAUUUUUUUUUUUUUAAGGGUAAUUUGACAGAUAAAUAAUUCAGGUGUGUCCUGUGACUCACGGUUGAAAAUAUCAAUAUAUAUUUUUUAGGGUUCUAUUGAAAGAGUUUGUUUACUCUUCUGAACUUUAGGUAGCAGUGUCAACCACCUGUUUUGAUUUUGCCCCCCCCCCCAGCCAAGUCUCAUCUAGUUACUUUGAAAGCACCGGACUUGAUUCCUCAUUCUUGAAUUCAGUCAUCUCCAUCGAACGCCACUUUUGUAGUCGGUUAAGCAACACUUGUGCAGAUGAUUUUCCCAACCCUACACCUUUGAGCGCUUUGUCCUCAUUCCAGCCUGAUUCAGGGCUGUUAUUAAACUUUUCUUUUUCAUUUUCUGACAACACAAAAAGUGCUGGGAUUUUAAUUUUUUUUUUCCUUUCAGGUUGUACUUUAAUUUCUGUAUAUAUUUCACCACAGAAAAUUAUGCAUAAUAUCAUGUAACGUAAUAUAUGGCCUCAAAAAAACUGUUUUAUGCCUACUGCUACUGUAUCCAAGUAAGUUGUAUUCAAUUCCCUUGAUUUUUUUUUUUUCCUUUGGCUAGAAAUAAAAUCAUAAUGUACUAAUAAUUGGGAGUUUUUCUGCAACUCUAAAGCCAAGACCAAGUGCUUGAAUGUUACGCCAGCAAAACCUUGCAUACAUGCCAAGUUUUACUUUCACAUUGGACAAUUUGACUUCACUCUAAAAUGUGGCGAAAUCUUGAUGUUACUGUCAAACCCGUACUUUCUUUUUCGUUUCAUGGAACAGUUUCUAACAUCCUACUGACUGAAAGCGAGUGGGAUGCAGGAUCGUGAAUCGGCAACUGAAAAAGGAUUCUUUCUCUGCGGUCAAACACUGUGCCAUACCGGAAGCCACCAACACCGAACAUCCGCAUGUCUGUUCUCAUCUCGAAGUUUUCACCCAUUAAGUGACUGUUGGUUAGAAUCGAAUCAUAACGAUCAAGUUUGUUUGUUUUUUGUUUUUUUUGUGGGUUUGGGGGUUAAUUUAAAAAACAAAAAGCGGAGUUACAGACAAAUGAUGAAAAGAUCGCAUUUCUUUGAAGAUGUCAGUAUUCUUUGGCACAUUACCACUACAACUUAUAACCUGUAUUAAAAUGUAUAGAUGGUGGAGAUUCUUAUUGAAUGUCAGAUGUUAUGAAGAUACUACGUGAAAGAUGGUAAAGUACUAAAAGUGGAUUUAAAUUGUGUAAAAGAAAAAAAAAAUCUUUUUUGAACAAAAAUAGGAUCCAUUAUUAUAUUUUGUAUUGUAUACCAUUUUCUUGUGUUGGCAGAGGGAUAUUGAACAGAAAUCAGCUGUAAUAAAGUAAUUUUAGUAUAA